GCAUGCACCGCGGCCUCCUCCAUUUUGAGGCCCAGCGGCCGCCAUGCGAGGGCUGCUGCUGCUGCCUCCGCCGUUGGUGAGGCGGAGGAGGCUGUGCUUGGGAGCCGAGGUCCGGGCCUCGAGCGGGGCCCUGUGGCGGAGGCUCCGGGCGGGAGGCUCCUCGGUUCUGCCGGGCUUCCUCAGCGAGGAGGAGGAGGCGCGGCUGGUGGGGGAGCUGGAGCCGCAGCUGAGGCGCCGGCGCUACGAAGAGGCCCAUUGGGACGGGGCUAUUCAUAAGUACCGUGAGACAGAAAAAUCACAUUGGAGCAAGGAGAGCAAUGAGAUCUUGCAAAGGGUCCGAGAUACAGCUUUCCCCCCAGGAGUGCCACAACUCUCUCAGGUUCACGUCCUUGAUUUGGCCAAAACUGGCUACAUAAAGCCUCAUGUAGACAGUGUCAAGUUCUGCGGAUGCACCAUUGCAGGCCUUUCCUUGCUGUCCUCAAGUGUGAUGCGCCUGGUCAGUGAAAAGAACCCACAGGACUGGCUGGAUUUGCUGCUGGAGCGCCGCUCUCUCUACAUACUCAGAGGGCCAGCUCGUUAUGAAUUCACUCAUGAGAUCCUUAAAGAUGAAGAAUCCUUUUUUGAUGGAAGGAAGGUUCCCCGGGAGCGAAGGAUCUCAGUCAUUUGCCGAAACCUACCCUUGCCAUCAGAUCCAUCAUAACUUUGGGGUUAAGACUUAACAUUGUCUCCAGCUGAAAUGUAGCCUGAUGAUCCAGUGGAAGUGGAGCCACCUCUGAAUGUUAGCUAUGAACAUUUAUAUGUGGGAUUGUGACCAGCAAUAUGUGACAGGACCACCUCUCCAUGAACUAGAAGGAGUCUGGAAUGUUUGAGAUAUCUGGAGGUAUUGUGGCUAACUGGCUGAUAAAAAAAGUAGGGAGAGAAAAGCCCUACAGAAUGUUCAGGAGAUAGAAAUGCUUGUAAGUAAUUGAAAUGUUGUUGCUCUCAGGACAAUUUUUAAAAACCUUGAUGCUUCUUCUGUGAUCUGCGUUGAUGCAACAACUACUGAAGUUAAUAAGCACUAAGUGUGCAAUCUUGUUGCUGAGGAAAGUUGGUUCAAUGUAGGUCUUGUGGGUCUCCUACCUUUGUGUAUUUCUUGAAGCAUCAAAGUGCUUUUUUCUGUUUCCCCUCUUAUAGACUUUCCCAAAAGCAGUGAACUUAGCCUGUGAGGUUUAAUUGGGUUUUCAAAUGGAAAGCUGUAUCCUUUCCACAUGCUAUUCUCCAAAUAGUUGGAUGGCAGUGUCCAAUAUCCCAUCCAGCUGUUGGUUAAGGAUAAAUGGGAUUGUCAUAUAACAUAUCUGGAUGGUGACCAUUGGGGAAUGUUGCUCUAACCAAUGAGGAAUUGAGGAGGAGAGCCAUAUACUGGGUCCUUUGUAGCCACAUAUGUGAACAGAAUCUGAUGUAGGGGCAGUGCAGUAUGUCAGAAUGUUCUGGCAGACUUCUGUGACGGUGAACACGUCCUCAUUUCUUCCAAUCCAAGAUAUGAGGUCCUUGAAUUUUGCCUUUUGUCACAACUAGUCUAUAAAUGUUUUCUCAGUUUUGUGAGUUGUGUCCUUUAGAGUGGAUCUUGUAGCAUCCCCAACAACAGACUUAGUAUUUGUAUCAUCUAAAAUUGAUUCAGUGGCUAAUUCAUGGUGUCCCAAAGUGAGGUGAUGCCUGUGAGCAAGAGUGCAGAAGCUAGAAAUAGUUGAAGGAAGUGAUUUGCAGUAUCAAAAUCUAUGAAGACAGUAUGCAAAGGAAAGAGGAGCAACAGGUAAGGGGCUCCUUUCUUUGGCUGAGGAAUGGGGAAACAGAUAGGGUUUACCAAAUCCUUGAUUAAACUGAGGUGGGGGAUAAUUUGGAGAAAAGAUGGAGCUAGACUAGUUGUUUCCCCCCAUUUCAGAGCUGGAACCCAUCUUUAAUUCCAGCUUGCAACAAGGGAUCUCCUUUUUAAUGAUUUACUGUAUAUGGCCAUCUUUUCCCUUCUCUGUGUCUAUUUCUAGGGCUUUUUUUACCCUCUUAAAAAAAAGAAAUGCCUAAUACCUUUGAAGAGUUCUUAACAGAAUGUACGCAUUGCACACAUACUUUAUGAAACCAAAAACGUUUGCACUAGUGGGAAGACUGAGAGACACAUUGCAUUUUUCUCCAGUGAAUGUCUUUUCUUUUGAAUGUAGGCUUGUAACCAGAGCCUGUUUCUGAUUUUUAUCUUUAGAGAGUGCUUAGUAUGAUUUAGGUCUUGAAUAAAUAGCAUUAUUAUUUGUAA